AUGGAUCAGAAACAGCAUACGGUGGAAGAUGGCGUGGAGGUUUCGCCGACAAGCUCUGGGAAGGUCGAUGACAACUAUGAUAUCUACAAGCGGUACCAGGGCAUUGAGUAUACUGAGGAGGAGGCCAAAAAAGUUCUUCGGAAGAUUGACUGUCGGGUGGUUCCUAUUCUAUUCUUGAUCUAUUUGAUUCAGUAUCUGGAUAAGAACAGUCUGAACUUUGCUUCGGUGUAUGGCUUGAAGACGGCGACGAAGUUGGAGGGACAGGAUUAUUCAUGGCUGGGAUCAAUCUUCUAUAUCGGAUACCUCGUCGCCCAAUGGCCAGCCGGAUAUGCCUUGCAGAGACUGCCGAUUGGAAAGUUUCUGAGCAUUACGACAUUCAUCUGGGGAGGUCUCCUCAUGACAACGCCGGCAUGCCACAACUUCCCCGGUAUUGCUGCCAACCGCUUACUCCUGGGUAUCCUCGAGGCCGCAGUUAACCCGGGUUUCGUGUUGAUGAUGGGUAUCUGGUACACAGCCAAAGAGCAACCACUGCGAUUGGAAGCAUACUACUGCACCAACGGAAUUGCAACCAUGUUCGGAGGUCUAAUCGGUUACGCCGUCGGCCACAUCACAACCGGCCUCGAACGCUGGAUGUACGUCUUCCUCAUUUUCGGCGCCUUCUCCAUAGCCACCGCCAUCGUCUCCAUCAUCUGGCUCCCCGACCUCCCCUCAACAGCCAAAUUCCUCACCGAGCGCGAACGAGCCAUCGCCGUCGACCGCGUCGCUAUCAACCGGCAAGGUGUCAAGAACCACCACUUCAAAUCGGACCAGGUCUGGCAGGCUGCUCGUGACCCCAAGACUUGGUUGUUGUUCAUCAUGGCCGUGGGUGCUCAAGUGCCCAAUUCCGCACUUACUAGUUUUACCUCGAUCAUCGUUAAAUCCUUCGGCUUCGAUACCCUCGGCACGCAAUACCUCCAGAUCCCCGGCGGAGCAGUACAAUUCCUCUCCCUCCUCGGCGGAGGCAUCAUUGCAACCAGAUACGCAGACCGUUUCCACGCCCGCAGCACCUGUAUGAUCGUUGCUAAUCUCAUCUGCAUCAUCGGCGCGGGUUUACUCGUUGGCCUCCCCGAUUCCAACCAGUGGGGCCGUCUUGUUGCGCUGUGGCUGUGCUAUUUCCAGGGUCUGGGGUUUAGUAUGAGCUUGACGAUGAUUAGUUCGAAUGUCGCCGGGUCCACGAAGAAGCAGAUUACGGGGGCUGUGGUGUUUACGGGGUAUUGUGUGGGGAAUAUUAUUGGGCCGCAGACUUUUAAGAGUAGUGAGGCGCCGGGGUAUCAUAGUGCUUAUGUUGCUAUGUUGGUCGGUUAUGCCGUGAAACUGGCGGCUAUCACCGGUCUUUAUGCAUACAUGUACCUCGACAAUAAGAAACGGGAUCGUGAAGCCCAUGUUGAGGAGUAUGGAGAGGACGUUGUUAAGGAAGGGAUCGAGAAGGGGAUGAUGGACCAAACGGAACUCGAAAAUAGGGCGUUUAGAUAUGUUUUAUGA